ACGUUUUUCCCAGCCGCAGUGAGACGGACUGGGCGAGAAUGGCUGCCGGUGGAGACAUUGGAAAGCUGUUACAAGUACAAAAUGGGACUCCUGCAAGCACAAGCUAUAACGGGGUAGACGCCCUGCACGCCUGCACCAUUCUCCAGCAGCUCAAAGCCCUGUAUGACGAAGCGCAGCUGACCGACAUCGUUGUGGAGGUGGACAAUGGCGAGACCUUCGCCUGUCACAGAAAUGUGCUCGCUGCCAUCAGUCCUUACUUCAGAUCAAUGUUCACUAGCGGCCUUACGGAGAGCAGCCAGCGCGAAGUGCGCAUCGUGGGCGUGGAGUCCGAGUCCAUGAGCCUGGUGCUGGACUACGCCUACACGUCCCGAGUCGCCCUGUCCGAGCACAACGUUCAAGCUCUGUUUACGGCAGCGAGUCUCUUCCAGAUCCCAGCCCUGCAAGACCAGUGCGCUCACUUCAUGAUCAGCCGGCUAGAGCCACAGAACUGCAUCGGGGUGUUCAUGUUUGCCGACGCGUACGGACACCGGGAGCUACGCGAACGUGCCCAGGACUACGUGCGCAGAAAGUUUCUGUGCGCCGUGGACGAACCCGAAUUCCUGCAGCUGACCAAGGAGCAGCUGGUGGGAAUUCUGGAUAGUGACGACCUCAACGUGGAAAAGGAGGAGCACGUGUACGAGGGCAUUGUGCGCUGGCUAGAGCACGACCCUGUGCGUCGGCAUCCCUUUCUCGUCGACGUCUUCGCCAAGUGCAUCCGGCUGCCGUUGUUAGACGAGGCUUUCGUGAGCCGCAUCCCUGCCCCCUUUGCCCUGGCGCUGCCUAUGGAGCCUACGGAAAAAAGCUGGGCUAACGGUGCCAACGGCUGCCCGCAACGCCUAGGCAUGACGGCGUCCGAGAUGGUGAUCUGUUUUGACGCUGCGCACAAGCAUUCUGCCAAAAAGCAGACGGUACCAUGUCUGGACACAGCCACGGGCAAGGUUUACAAGCUGUGCAAACCGCCCAACGAUUUACGUGAAGUCGGCAUCCUGGUCACGCCCGAGAAUGAUAUCUUCAUCGCCGGAGGCUAUCGGCCCGGAAGCAGCGAGACUUGCAUAGACCAUCGGGCAGAAAGCGACGUCUGGCAAUACGAGCACGCCGGUAACCGCUGGCUGGCACGAGCGUCCAUGCUGAGAGCGAGAAUCGGAUGUCGGCUGGUACACUGCUGUGGGAAGGUGUACGCCCUCGGAGGGCGCGUCUACGAGGGUGACGGGCGGAAUGCUCUUAAAUCUGUCGAAUGCUACGAUGCCAGGGAUGAUUGCUGGAUCGCCGUUAGUCCAAUGCCUGUUGCCAUGGAGUUUCAUAGUGCUGUGGAGUAUAAGGAUCGCAUCUAUGUGCUCCAAGGUGAAUACUUCUUCUGCUUUGACCCCCGUAAGGACUACUGGGGCCACUUAGCACCCAUGAGCCUCCCCCGUAGUCAGGGACUGGCGGCGCUACACGAGAGCCAGAUCUACUACAUCGGCGGCGUGUGCCGCAACCACCAGCGCACUUUCACGGUGGAGGUGUUCGACCUCGAGCAGAACAGCUGGAGCCAGCGCCAGGACUUGCCCUUCGAGCAGGCCACCAGCCCCUACAUCAAAGCAAUGAUGUUAGGAGGACACCUGCACCUGUUUGUCCGUGCCACCCAAGUCACGGUGGAGGAGCACGUGUUCCGCACUAGCCGCAAGAACUCUCUGUACCAGUACGACGAAGAGGAAGACAGCUGGAGCAAAGUCUACGAGACCCCAGAGCGCCUCUGGGACCUCGGACGCCAUUUUGAAUGCGUUGUUGCCAAACUGUACCCUCAGUGUCUCCAGAAAGUGCUUUGAUUGCUGAAGAAAGUAGAAAGCAGGGAUAUUAUUUUUGUUUGUUUGUUUGUUGUUUUCGUUUCAGGAAAUGGGGGAGUCAGUAGUUCUGGUCCCCGAAUAUGGUGCUGUUCGAGUUCCCAGACGUGGGAGGAGGAAAGUCUUAAAGAUGAGCGAUAUCCAGUGACCUCAGAGGAGUGCUUAUCAUUAUGAAGACGGCAGUAUUUUUAAUCCGUAAGAGACAAGAAAAAAAAAAGUGUCUUUGCUGUUGCUUGUUUUACAGUUAAAACAAACAGAUUCUAAGUGCAAUUAAUCACAUUAUUUGUGUCUUGAGCCAUUUUCUUUAUCGCUUUAGGCUUUAGGUGAGGUUGUGGUGAGUGGAACGCAGAAAUAGGUGUUUCCUAUUUAGAAAGUGUGUCAAAAAUGACAAUAAAUAAAUACAAAUAUAUAACUAUAUAUAUAUAUAUAUAUAUAUAUAUAUAUAUAAAUAAAUAUAAAAUAUUUUCUCAUACGGGUCUGGUGGGAUGAGGUGCCCAUCUUUAGGUAGCUAGAAUAUUGAGUAAUGAUCUAGUCGUCAUUUUUUCUCUCUCUCUUUAAAAAUCGUUUAAAGCAACUACAGAGAACUGCUCUCUUGGUUUGGUCUUGAGUCUUUUUGUAAUCAUUAAUAUAGAUUAGGUGUGAGUGGAUAAUUAUUUUUCCUUUUUUUUUGUUGUCGAUUGCCUUUAAACAUGCUUAUUGUCUUUUUUUUUUUUUUUUGCUUUUUAGUUAGUUGUGGAUUUUUUUUUCUCCUCCGCAUACAUCUCAGUUGCACCCUCAUGAAUCUAUUUUCAACAUUGAACCCCUUUGGCAUUUCUCAGUGCCUCCAGCUCUGGAGAAACCACGGUUUCAGUUUGGUGCUUCCUAUACAUUAACACAACUGUGCUGAUGCUCAAGUCUUUUUUUGUAUGAGUUGUGUUAAAGAAGGCGGGCGACGACACUGAUGCUGUGGAUUUAUAGUCUGAAAAACCUGCUUGUAAACUCGCACUAUCCAGCUAUACUUUGCAUUUGUCGAACCCCUCCCCCCUCCCACAUUCAUACCAGCGGCAUUUUUAGCGAGGAUACAAUGUUAUACCCGGUCUCCAUAUUGGAGUGGAUCAGUAAUCAGUGUCGAACUAGCUCAGUUUAAGAGAAGCAUUCUCAACUCCAGUGCUGAGCGUGCAUCCUCAUUUUUACAUGCAUUAAGUAAAAAAAAAAACGGGACGACCUUCUUUUCAAUACACUUUUUAAUGCCAUUGGGAGAGGAUUAAGUUGGGGGGCUGGGGGUAAUUAAGCAUUCACACAAUCAUUAUUGCAAUUUGAAACAGAAAUGCUGUCGAAUUCUGGAUUUUAUUCAUUGUUUAGGGAGAACGUCCCUCUGUCAUUUGUAAAAUUUUAAGGAAUAAAUAUUUCUCGGUGCUGCUGUGUCUUUGACAAUCCUGUACAGAAGUACCUUUUUUUUUUUUUUACACAGCCACUGGGUUGAAGUCUUUCUGUAGCUGGAUAUGUCUGAGCAUUAUUGCUUUUUUUUGGUUUUGUUGAUUGUAUGUUCUGUUGGUCCCUGCAGCAUGCUGAUCUUGCACUACAUUUGUGCUCAGUUUCAAUCUUAAGUUCCAUUACUACAUCUCUCACACACACACACACACACACACACGCGCACCCAUGCAGCAAAGCUAUUUCAGAACACCGAUCCUUCAUUUUCAAAUUAAGUGAGCACUCGGCUCCUGGUUAGAUCCUGUGAGGAUGCGAUAACGUGGCCCACACACGUGUAGGAUCCGCGCUAUAAGCGAACGUGCCGUAUUUCCUGGAGUGUUUUUUUUUGUCUGGGGUCCUCGAAUUUUGAUAGAGGCAUGGAAGCUGGACGAGUUUAGCUGUGACUCCGGUGCAAUAAGUUGCCUUUGUCAGGACUUUCUAAACCAAGCUCAGUAGCAUGAGAACCAGAACUGGAUCAUUCUCAGGAUUAAUUACUGAUUUAUACCCAGUACUGUAUUGACUAUGGUUUGAUAUUCAUGUAUAAUACUGUAACAUACAUUGCUGUACUUGCACAGAAUUAUUUUUUUUUUAAAUACAGGAUUUUUAACUUUUCUUUUCAACUUGAAUAACGUGUGGAUUAUUAUUAUUUUUUUGUGUUGCUAAUGCGUGCUCGUUUUCUUUUAACUGUGUGGUUGUUUUUUGUUUUAAUACAUGUUCCCUUUGUGAUGACAUCACCUUAACUUCACACCAGACAUUAUAGACACUAACUGUAACAGCAGUACUAGUCUAAAAUCUCCGAAACACCAGUCAACGUGGCAGUAUAAAGAAAACAUACAUAGACUUUAAGCUACACUUUUCUUGUUACCUGCUGCAACUUUAAAAGCCAAUCAACCUCUUUCUCUCUGUAUACACAGCUACACAUUGUCAAUUUAAUUUUUUUUGUGCUUAUUUUGUGUUUGCCUGGUUGUAUGUAUGAUAAGAGAGUUUGUUAAAUAUACUUUGAUCUCUACUGUGAAAUUCACAUUGCACAUAAUUUGAAAAUAAAAUAGUUAAAAAUAGAA